UAUUUUUUUCGUAAGCUACGAUGCACCUUGAGUUUGUUUUACAAAUUAUGACAGGUUAUUGUUCGUUCCCUGUCAAAUGUUGAUAGCUCUAGUUAAAAAAGAAAAUAUUAGCCCUGAGCUCCGCUUGCUUGUUUUAGCUCGCUAAUUCAUUGCGUGACGCUGCUUAGAUUUUCUCCCUAACUCAUUAACUCACGAGCCCCUGUCGUUGUGUAAUUGAUGGUGGUAUUGUGUUUUAAUUGUACCUUUUACCUGCUAGCAGAGAGUAGUAUCCGCAUUAUAACGAUGGGCUGUCGGUGCCUCCUCCCGCUGCUGCUGCUGAGCGUGAUAACCGUAUCAGCCGUCGAAGUGCAGCGACCUCGCGGUGUCCCUCUUUCAAAAAAGCAUUUCUACGAGGAGGGCAAACCUUUCACUUGCUUGGAUGGCUCCCGCACCAUUCCCUUUGACAGGGUGAAUGAUGACUACUGUGACUGCCAGGAUGGGUCUGAUGAGCCGGGAACUCCGUCUUGCCCCAACGGCAGCUUCCAUUGCACCAACGCAGGUUAUCGCCCGGUCUUCAUCCCGUCGUCCCGCAUCAAUGAUGGCAUAUGCGAUUGCUGUGACGCAACAGAUGAGUACAACAGUGGUGCUAUCUGCCAGAACACCUGCAGGGAGUUGGGGCGCAAAGAGAGAGAAAGCCUUCAGAAGCUGGCUGAGAUCACCAAAGAGGGCUUUGUGCUUAAACAACAACUCAUCCAGGAGGCCAAAAGGGGUCUGGAGGAAAAAAAGUCCAAAAUGUUAGAGCUUGAGGCCAGUAAGACACAACUGGAGGUGAAAGUAGAGGCUCUCAGAACUGUAAAGGAAACAGCAGAGGAGCCAGAGAAGGCAGCUAAAGAUCUCCACCUAAAGGCCUGGGAAGAUCAGAAAGCUGCAGUACGCAUGGAGAAGGACAAAGCUCAAAUGGCUGAGGUGUUUCUUGAACUGGAUGGUGACGGCGAUGGCUUUGUUUCCCUGACGGAGCUUCAGUCCCACAAUGAGCUUGACUCAGAUUCAGACGGCUCUUUCACCGAAACAGAGGCACAGGCCAUGUUGGGAGGUGUGGACAAGGUGGACCCGGCAGCAUUUGAGGCCAUCUGGAAGGACAUUAAAGACAAAUAUAUAUCCGAGGCCCAAGCACCGCUGGAGGCACUGCACGCCGAGACAAGAGAGCUGGGCUCCGACAGUGACUCUGAACAUUACUCUGAGGGUGAAAUCCCAGAGGAAGAGGAUGAUGAUCAUGAUGAUGAUCAUGAUGAUGAUCAGGAGGAUGACGAAGAGGAAGAUGAUGAUCCAGAUGAAGCGGACUACAAUAGACCUCCUGCCGUGCAAGAAAAGAAGGAUGACGAGGCCGAGGGCAUGAUGCCGCCCUACGACACAGAAACGCAGAAGCUCAUUGAUGCCGCUCAUAAAGCGAGGGAGGAGUUUGAUGUGGCUGAGCGAGCUCUCCGGGAACUGGAUGAUCAGUUGAAGAACCUCGAGAAGGAAACUUCCUCUGACUUUGGACCUAAUGCCGAGUUUGCCUACCUCUACAGCCAGUGCUAUGAUUUAACUACGAGCGAGUACAUCUACAGGCUCUGCCCGUUCAAUCGAGUAUCUCAGAAACCCAAGUAUGGUGGAUCAGAGACCAGCCUAGGGACAUGGGGUCAGUGGGAAGGUCCCGAGAAUAACAUCUACAGCGUGAUGAAGUACGAGCAUGGAAUGGGAUGCUGGCAAGGCCCCAACAGAUCCACCACGGUUAAGUUAAAAUGCGGGAAGGAGACAGUCGUAACGUCCACGUCGGAGCCUAGUCGCUGCGAGUACUUGAUGGAGUUCACCACCCCUGCUGUCUGCCAGGACCCAAAGAGCCUGGAUUCUAUGCUGCAUGAGCAUACGGAACUUUAGAGCCACUCAAUUUGUUGUUCACCAGGGACCAUGUCGCCGCGGUAACAGGAAGCUGUGAGCCAGAGGGCACCAGUGUUAAAUCGUCAUUUCCAAUGAGUUAGUCAUUUGAUUUAUAAAAUCUGACUCAAUUGUAAUUUCAUUUAACUGGAAAUAAAUGUCCUGUCCUUUCUUUUGAACAUGUCUUGUGUGUGGUCAAUUGAAAAGCUUACCCUAUGCAAUUCAACAGUGAUAUAUAAUUCACAGAUUUGGGAGCUCUUAAAUUAAACUCUUAUGAGUUAUUUUUGUCAUAUUUGUCCAAACAAAGGUAACAUUAGUUGUACCAGGCAUUCAAAUAUAUAUUUUUUUCCAUGACCGCAUGUCAGAAAACCUUUAACACAAGCCAACUUUUUUUUUUUUUUUAAUCCUUUUGGACUAAUUAUCUUGGAGCAACCUUUUUUAAGUCUGAUGCUAACCUGUUUAUAUGUAAUAUAGAGCCUAGGUUCCCAAAGUGGGGUACGCGUACCGCCAGGGGUGGGCCAAUUGUCAUCGGGGGUAUGUGUUGCACCUAACACAAAUAUGAAGCAGAAAGAACGAAGGAGAAAGCACAUGACGUUCUUCAUUGCUCUGUGUGAGUUAUAUGAACAAGUAAGUUUGAUGAUUAUGUUGUGCAUUACGAGUGCUUAUUCUUGAAGAUUUAAUUUCUCUUGGUGUUCCAAUCCCCGCGCUGUGAAAACCUGUCAAUGUAUGUGCAUGUCAGGAUGACAGAGUGAGGAUGCCUCCGAAAAUGAAGCUUUGUCGCUGGUUGUAUGUAUUUUUGUACUUUGGAUACUGCUUUAUCAUGUUUGUUAAACUUUCCCUUUCAAUUUGGGAUCAAAUAUGCAGACUCAAAUCAUGCAAGUGGACAAAAGUGAAGCUCAAGUUCGACCCAUUCAAACAGAAGGAUCCCAGCAACCGGCUGAAAUAAGAUAUGUAAGACGCAUACUUAUUUAUCAGUGCUCAUGUAAAACUUGAGUCAAAAUUUGACCAUGCACAAUACACAUUUUUGAACCAGAGUUAC